AUGUCGGAACACCAGGACAACAACUCCUCCACCGUGGCUGUUCCGUCUGCCCCUGUUGCCGCUCCUGUCUCGGCGCCGGCCAUGCAGGAACAGUCUUCGACCCAGCUGUCGCCCACGCAGCAAACGUCGACGGCAUCGCCCUCCGCAUCGGUCACUGCGACCGCCGCUGCUGCCACUGCUGCUGCUGCCGCCGCCUCUACGAUGAACAGUAACACUAACGGCACCUCCCGACCGGGCGAUGAGCUGGCGUGCAUGUGGCAAGGCUGUUCUGAGAAAUGCCCUAGCCCUGAAGCCCUUUAUGAACACAUCUGCGAGCGCCAUGUCGGUCGGAAGAGUACCAAUAAUCUCAACCUGACAUGUCAGUGGGGGAGCUGUCGCACGACAACCGUCAAGCGCGAUCAUAUUACUUCUCAUAUCCGAGUCCAUGUCCCGCUCAAGCCUCAUAAGUGCGACUUUUGUGGGAAGGCGUUCAAGCGUCCACAGGAUCUGAAGAAGCAUGUGAAGACCCAUGCCGACGACUCGGUUCUAGCGCGAUCUCCAGAACCCGCUGCGAGACACCCAGAUAUGCUGUAUGGUGGAGGUGCCAAGGGCUAUCCACCUGCAACCCACUAUUUUGAACCUGCAUUGAACCCAAUUCCCUCACAAGGCUACCCAGGUGCUCCGCAGUAUUACCAGUCUCACCCAGCCCAGCCGGCCAAUCCAUCCUAUGGCAAUGUUUACUAUGCCCUGGGAACUGAUACAGGCAGUGCUUCGUAUGAAUCGAAGAAGCGCGGCUAUGACGCGCUUAACGAGUUCUUUGGCGACUUGAAGAGACGCCAGUUUGAUCUCAACUCAUAUGCCGCAGUAGGCCAGCGCCUUCUCGGCCUUCAGAGUCUCCAGCUUCCCAUGGCCAAUGGACCUGUUCCUGAGUAUCAGCCGAUGCCUGCUGCUGUUAGUGUUGGGGGCGGUGGCUACAGCCCAGGUGGGCCGGCACCAGCAUACCAUCUCCCUCCAAUGAGUAACGUCAGGACCAAGAGCGACUUGAUCAAUAUCGAUCAGUUCUUAGAGCAAAUGCAGAACACAAUCUAUGAAAGCGAUGACCAUGUUGCUGCCUCCGGCGUUGCGCAGCCUGGAGCCCACUAUGUACAGGGUAGCGCGAGCUACCGCACUACCAACUCGCCGCCAACUCAACUGCCCCCCAGCCAUGCCAUUGCGAACCCGGGAGCACCUGUCCUUCCCAAGGCUUCAUCUGCCCACUCGCCGGCGAGCAGUGCAACUCCAGCCCUCACCCCGCCAUCGAGUGCUCAGUCGUACACCUCAGGCCGUUCUCCGCCGACCUCGCUACAGACGGGCCAUCGUCUGUCUCCGCAGCAUGACAGCAGCUCUGGCAUGUAUCCCAGACUUCCAUCUACCACCGUGUCGGAGAGCAUGCCGUCCGGUUAUCCGGCUGUGUCGAGUGCUGCAACCCCUUCGACACUCAGUGGUGUUUAUGACCAUGAUGAGCGUCGGAGGUACACCGGUGGCACGUUGCAGCGAGCGCGGCCGGAUACCCGGCGGCCUCUCGAGCACGAAAUGGACAUUUCCGAGGAUGGAAAGGGCGCCGGGGAGCGCACCCCUCCUGCGAAGCCGCGCUCCGAAGAUUCGGGUUCACCGGUACACUUCUCUACCAGCCUCAUUGACCCAGCUCUGCACUCCAGCACGUCUCCGGAUCCUGAGGUCACCCAGCGGACCGCUCAAGCGGCAGCUGAAGUGGCUGAUCGAGCCGACGUGCAGUGGGUGGAGAAGGUGCGCCUCAUUGAAUACCUGCGUAACUACAUCGGCUCUCGACUUGAACGGGGAGAAUUUGAGGACGACAAUGAAGGCCACAAGGAAGCUAGCGCAUCGGGAUUUGGACAUGAUGAGCAUAUGGAAGAAGUUGAGUCCGGCCACAUCUUCCAUAGCAAGCAUGUCGAGGAGCCCGUCAAGAGUGUGGCCAGCUUGUAUCCCGUGCUUCGCGUGGAUGAGGACGGCGACUCGAAAGUCGAGGAUGCCGCUUAA